UCAAACUUCAACUUGAACGCGUGAAUUGUGCGGACGGUCGUGGCGGAUGAUUGCGAGCGGUUUUGCGGUUGCGGUGCGGUACGCUGGAGAUACUCGUAAUAAAAAUUAAUCCGUUUGGGAAUUCGAAACAAACAAAAAAACAAAUCUUAAAAUAGCAUUUUCCCAUACCGCACACGUAUCGUAGCAAUGAGACACAAAAGCUUCAAUUAACAAUUCAAGAGAAGCCGCCUCAUCCCGACAAUCCCGAACAUCAUCUGCAUCAUCAUCAACAUCAACCCGAAGAACGUAAUCCCUUGAAGCCAUGGAGGAGGACGUGUUGAAUGCGCUGCAGACGCGCAGCGCCUAUCUAACCGGCGGCUUCGAUCGCCAGCAGCGCAUCAUAUUCGUGGUGAAUGCCUUCAACGAUCUACAACUAUGGAAUCGUCGCUAUCUACAGCUGACUCUUGACUAUCUCAAGCGUUCGCUCAGCGCUUCGGUGUUGCAGAAUGGAGUCAGCGUGAUUGUGAAUGCCCAGGAGAGCAGCAGUCGGAUCAGUCGCCAGCAGGUGCGUCAGAUCUACAACCUCUUUGGUGGCGACAUCAGUGUGGAUCUGUAUCUAGUCAGGGCGGAGGGAUUCUGGGAGAAGCAUGUGGAGCCGUGCGCCAAAUCGCAGACAAAGGGAGAGCCUUUGGUCUUAUCCAAAUCACGUCUGACAAAAUUCAUUGAUCCUCACAAUCUGCCGGAGGAACUGGGCGGCACACUGCAAUUCAACUACGAUCUGUGGCUGCAACAGCGCAAGUCCAUUGAUGAAUUCACCAAAUCGCAUGUCCAGACUCUGGCAGGCAUGGAACAGCUGCUGACAUUGCUGCGGGGCAACAAGGCGAUGCGACCAACGGAAGCGGAUGUGGAGCUGAAGAAGUGCGCCCAGUUGCAUGCCCGAGUCCAAAGCAGCAUCGAGGCAGCCAUCGACAUGGGUAACUCGAUCUUGGCGCGCUUCAACGAGGUCUACGAGCCGCAGGCCACAGUGCCACAAGCGGCCGCACCUGUUGCACUCGAGACAACAGCCCCUGCCCCUGCACCUGCGCAGAGAGGUCCCCCGCUGCCGCCGGAUCUGUGCUGCGAGCGGACCCGCAUCGAGCUGCGGCUCAACGAAAUUGAGAAGAAGCAAACGGCGAUACGCACCGCAUGGCUGGAGCUGCUGCGUUCGCUGCGGGAGGCACGCGAACGGGGCACACUCGAGGAGGGUGUGGCCUUUGUCACGAACUGGAUCCUGCAGCAGGCGGAGCAGCUGCUGGGCCGCCAGCGCAGCGUGGGUGGGGAUGUUCGGGUGUGCGAGAGCCUGCGCUCCGCCCACGAUCAGCUGGAACUCGAGUGCCGCGACACCUACGGCUGCUACGCCGAGCUACUGUACAAAAUCGAACGCUUUGCCGAGGAUCGACAGGGCGAACAGUUGCAGGAUCUGAUCUCGCAACGCGACUUUAUGCAGUUUGUGUGCCGCUCCUUUGCCAAGCGGCUGGAGCGAAGAAGGAACAUUCUAAUGACUGCCUUAAGGUACCACCGCCUGCUGGAACACUUUGAGGAGCUGCUGACCACCGGUAACCAUGUGGUAGAGGUGGACAGCCGCUCCCUGGAGUGGCACGAAGCCGAGCAGCUGCUCCUGCAGCUGAAGACGAACCAAAACAUGUUGGGCAACAUCGAACGCGAACUUGUGCGCGAGGGCGAGAAGCUCAGCGACAUGUUGGCCAUGCCGGUGAAAGACGCCCUGGGCCGUGACCUCCAGCUGGACUACAGCCCCGAUAUUGCCCGACUGCGACGCCAACUCGAUGCCAGCCGCACCAGACGUCAGGUGUGCGGCCAGCGGCUGGCGCUGCAGCGGCUCACCUUGGAGCAGGUGACCCACAUUCAUGCGUACGAGGAGGACGCGCGGCGGGCCCGCGACUGGCUGGGCGAGCUCUAUGCGGUCUUGUUGCGGUGUCACUCCCAUGUCGGCUGCAACAUACACGAGAUCCAGCUGCAGAAGGACGAGCUGCAGGGGUUCGAGGAAACCGGUCGAAGCAUCUACAAUUAUGGCUGCCAACUGGUGGAGGCCUCCCAGACUUUGCGUCUCUGCUGCAAGCUGGAGCAAAGUGCGACUGAAACCGGAAACGAAUGUGAGCCCCAGAACAUCUCCCACCAGCUACAGCACACCUGGCACAGCCUACAGUCGAUUGCCCAGGAGCAAAUGACCCGCCUGCGCGUCUCGGCCGUGUUCCAUCGCAGCGUCGAGGCCUACUACCGCCAGCUGAGAGAACUCCGCCCGCUGCUGACGAAGGAACUUUCCGCGCAGCUGCAGCAGCAUCAGCGACAGCAGCACAAUCGCAGCAGCAGUGGCAUCAGCAGCGAUGCCGAGGCCGAAACGGAGGCGGAACUGUCACCGGGCGGUCCCUCAUUGGGGGUGCUGCCGCUGCCGCCGCGGCUGCAGCGACACCUGCUCGCCAGGGAGCAACUGCUCGUGGAGGUGGGGCGCAUGGUGAGGCUGGGUAGGCUGCUUAAGAAGCGACUGAAGGAGCCGUUUGUCUUGGAUGCCCUCACAGGCAAAAGUGUCGUGGCCGAUGAACUACCGCUGGACAGCAGCCCCAGUCCCCUACUCCACGACAGUGGACGCACCAGCAGCGCCAGUGGCAGCGAAGUCACCGGGGAAUCCGCACCAGCAGCCACUUUGAGGAUUGUGCCCACGGGAAGCAAUGAGCUGGCCUGUGCUGCCAUCUCCCACAAGCUGGGAGCCAUAGCCGAGGUGGCCGAGUCCCUGGAUGCCGUCAUACGGGAUGUACAACAGCAGGAGCAGGGAGGUGGCGGUGGCCCUGACAUGUCCACUACGAAUGGCGGCAGUGGCGUUCACAAAAAGUUGGGCAGCAUUGAGGACUGGCAAUCGCGCUCUACGGAGGAUGAAUCCUUUGCCACUGCCUCCGAGGGCAACUUUACACCCAACUCCCAUUCAUCCUCCUUCCAAACGGCCUCCUACAUUGGCUCCGCCAAGAACUCCUUCGAUGAGGCGGACGAGUCCACGCUGAGCACCUUUGAGAUACCGGAAUUGCCGCCAUCGCCCGUGAACAUGUCCUUUGACAGCUCCGAGCUGAGUUAUUUCUCUGCCCGGCAGCAGCAGACGCUCAAGAGCGAGGAUCAGGAUAGUGUGGCGGAUGUGGCAGAGUUGCAUAGUCAGAGUGUCACCCCGACGCCGGAUGAGGAUCAGCAGCAGCAGCAGCAGCAGCAGCAGCAGCAGGAGUAUCUGCUGCCACUGCCCCUGCCACAAGCCAUCGAAUCGGAUAGCGAAAUGGAAGGCUUUAGCCUGGCCACAGGCAUCACCACAGAGCUGGGUCCACGCUCAUCCACUGCCCACACACCGGAGGUGAGUGCCACGAGGUGUGCAUCCUCAUCUGCUGCUGCAUCUGCAUCUGCCGCUUUUGAUCCAGAUUCCACUAACCCCAACGCACCGAAACCGCCAGCCUCCUGGCGGCGCAGUAAAUACUACGAGAAUAUAACAAAACAAACGAUCAAGGGAUUCCUCUAGUACCCACAGAUAUCCAUCUGUCUGUCUGUCCCACCAAUUAAUACGCACCAUUUGCUGUCCCGAAAAAAGCUUGCCAUUAAUUACCACAAAUAUUAGUUGGCGUCUCUUAUUUUUCAUGAUUUUUUC